AUGUCAGGAGAGACAAUCAGCAAAUCCUACAAGAAACUCUCAGCAGAUGAGGCCGCUCUUCGUGACGAAAAGAUGAUGGAGUCUUUACGGUCUGGCGUUGGCUAUCCGAACGAAAGACCCGAUGCCAGCUUCCAGCACCAUUAUCCACAUGAAUCCACUGCUGAGCAAAGAACAGGUGGAUCCCCAAGCAAAAGUUCGCGAACUUCAGUAACUGGUACUGUAGCUCCAGGAAGUGAAUACGACAAUAGACUCAAGGAGAUCAACCUCGCCACCGCAAGCGGUGGCACCAUCACUGCUUACGAAUGGUACAACGAUCCACAAGCCCUCGAUAUGGGAUACAAGCAAAGUCACAAGGAGAACGACCUUGACUGGGAAAAGAUGGAUGCACACCGCAGAACGAUGAAUGGAAUGGCGGAAGAGCAUAGGGAUGGCGAUGCGGACGAUGAGAUGGAGAGUGAUCCGGAGGAAUAUCUAGACCGUAUAGAGAGCGGAAAGGGGACGCAGGGGGUCCGCCGAGCAAUUUACCGAUUGACGGCAUCGGUAUUGGGAGAGUGUGAUAUUUAUCAAAAGGACAUGAUAUUAGAACACUCAAUGCGUGAGAUUGAUGGGCUUGGUCUUAGUUUCAGAUAG